CGCCGCGGCGGUCCUUCGUUUGAAGUCAGUUUCAGGAGUUUAUGUAAUGGUGUCCCAAGGAGAUUAUAUAAUCGGACGACAUUCGUCCGUCCCGUCUCCGAAAGAAAUCAGUCUCAUCCCACCCCCAGCAAUGUCAGACCAGCUGCACACAGUCGCUGUCUUGGGUGCAUCCUAUGGCGGAUUCAGGGCUGCACAGCUACUUGCAACUAAUCUACCAAAAGGCUGGAGAGUCGUACUCGUAGAACGAAACUCACACCUCAACAACGUAUACAACUUUGCUCGAUAUGCUGUUCUACCCGGUCACGAACACAAAGCGUUCAUACCAUACGACUACGCAUUUGGUACCUCGGAUACCCCUGACACACCUCACAUAAGAAUACACGGCACCGUAACAUCUCUUCACCCUCAUUAUAUCACAUACAUACCUCACCCGGUCACAUCAAGCUCGUCUUCCGAGCCCACACCCGAACCACAGACGCUCCAUUUCGACUACCUCAUCUACGCUCUCGGAUCUCACCUCCCCUCACCCAUCGAUCUCUGGGAGCACCAUCGAGGCCGGCACCUCGACAAAAUUCGAUGUCAUGAUGAGCCGACAUACACUGGUACAAAAAGUCAAGGGAUAGACCGGCUACGAGAACGCCAAGCACGUAUAGAAGCAGCACAGAGCGUGUUGAUCGUUGGCGGGGGUGCGUUGGGCAUACAAUUUGCCUCGGACAUCGCUGCCGUCUAUCCGCUCAAGAAACGGGUGACUCUUCUGCACUCGAGAACACAGCUUCUCCCGCGCUUUGAGCCAGCGCUCGGAGAUGAAGUCUUAACCGCCCUACAAGAUCUCGGUGUCCAAGUAAUCCUCGGGGACCGUCUCGACAUGGACUCCUUGCGUCACAGCCAGCGUGGCGAACCCGAUGAAAGCAAGACUGGAACGGUGUUCCAUGUCCGAACACUGUCGGGGAGAGAAAUCGAUGCGGACGUUGUGCUCUUGUGCACAGGCCAAACACCCAACACGGCGCUCAUGCGGGACAUGGAUUCGCGCGCAGUUGGGAAAGGAGGGUUAGUGCACGUAACGAGGGGGAUGCAAGUGUCGGUCGAGAACGAAGAGAGCAAGGUUGAGUUGAGGGCGGAUGACGUACGAGUGACGAAGGAGAUGGACAAAAUGAUCGUGAGCGAACCUAGGUUAACGAUGACCCGAUCGCAGACGGAACAGGCAGUUCCGAGGAAUGGCAAGGGGAGAACAACAAAAACGGCAGAACAGACGACGAUCUACCCACAUAUCUUCGCAGUGGGCGAUGCUGCUGACGCGUUUGGAGCGUUGCAGGCUGGAAAUACAGCCUAUCAUCAGGCGGGGGUGGCGGCUAGGAACGUGGUGAGGCUCGUUAAGCGCGAGGCCCGUCAUCGUGGUUCUCUGCCUGGGAGUGAAGCAGACGGUGAAGGUAACGAGGAGGAAGAGGAGCUGGAAGAGUAUACUCCAGGAUUACCUAUGAUUAAGGUAUCCCUUGGAUUGACCCGGUCAGCUUAUGAAAUAGCAGGGGUAGUAGGUACGAAGGACGAUGGCAUGCCGGAUUUGAAUGCGGCUGCGAUGUGGGGGGCUUGUGGGCUGAAAGGGAUAGAUGAAGAGGACAUGUGGCGGUAAAGUCGUUCGCUCAUUCGUUACUUUUCAGUUUUCGACAUUGGUAUACUGUGGUUUUUAUUUCGUGCCGUAGAUUAUUCUUAGAACACACAUUUAGUGUGAAUCUUAACUUAAUGCCCUGUGCAUCUUAUUUUCGAGCGG